AUGAUCAAGAUCUUUGCCAUUUGCCUUCUAGCCUCGAUUCCAAUAGUCAAUGCCCUAUUGGGAGUGAUCGGAAGAACCCAAUCGGUUACCGUAACCGGAAGACUCAUCUGCAACGGGCAACCUGCCAGCGGAGUUCUUGUCAAAAUGUACGAGGAUGGAACUAUUUACGACUCAAAGAUGGGAUCGACGAAGACCGGACCUGACGGAACAUUCCGAGUGUCCGGAUCUCAAACCAAAAUCCGUACGAUUGACCCGAAGGUCAACAUCUACCACAAGUGCAAUUAUUCUGGGCUCUGCUCUAGGAAGACAUCAAUCAGUGUUCCGAAAUCGGCGGUUCAGAGCGGCAGAAACGCGAAUCAAAACUACGACAUCGGCACGAUCAAUUUGGCGAACAAAUUCAAAGGAGACACCACUGAUUGUAUUCAUUAA